AUGAUAGCUCAAAUAUAUGUUGAUGACAUUGUGUUUGGAGGGAUGUCAAACCAUAUCGUACAACAUUUUGUCAGGCAGAUGCAAUCUGAAUUUGAAAGGAGUCUUGUUAGUGAAUUGACGUACUUUCUUGGGCUCCAAGUUAAACAAAUGGAUGAAACUAUCUUCGUCUCUCAAACCAAGUAUUCUAAGAGUAUAUUAAAGAAGUUUCUCAUGGAAAAUGCUAGUCAUAAAAGGACACCUUCGCAAACUCACUUGAAAUUGACUAAAGAUGAAAAAGGUGUAAAUGUGGAUCAAAGUAUAUACAAGAGUAAGAUUGGUAGUUUGUGGUAUCUUACUACUAGUAGACCUGACAUUAGAUUUGUUGUAGAAGUAUGUGUUAGGUAUCAAUCUAAACCCAAAAUGAGUCAUAUUACUCAAGUGAAAAGGAUCCUGAAGUAUAUCAAUGAAACUAGUGACUAUGGAAUGUUGUAUUCUCAUAAUGCAAAUUCCUUGCUUACAGGAUAA